UAAGCUCCCUGCACCUUGUCGGUAUAAAAUCAUAGCGUUCAAUUUCGUUGGCCAUUAUUCUUCGAUUCUAAUUUGCUCUUUUGUCAGUCUGCAAUCUCUACAAUCUAGUUCUCGCGACAAAGACCUAAAAUUUGGGGCUUCUGUAUUGUCGUCUACUUUUAUAGUAUUUUCUCAGGUGUUGUUUUCCGCUGUUGCAAUCAAAGAGAAACUUCUUCAACAAUAUACUCCCUUCAAAGAAUACACCUUUUUUAACAGAAAUGAACUAAGCAGCAUGGCAAGGAGAAACCGUAUGACCCGCCAUUUUGUUGAUAUUCAUGGUUUAAGAGGUGGACCUGAGCCAAGUUUAAACAGAGAUAUACUUGGACCAGUUCCUGUUAAUCUUGUGGUGGCUCUGGAGGAAGAACUUGAAAUUCAACACAUAGAAAACCGGAGGAUUGCUGCUGAAAAUCAGCAUAUGCUUCAUGGAAUUGUGAAUCUUGAAAGAGAGGUUGUUUCCGCAAAAGGCGAAAUUCACAGAUUGGAUGAGCUAAUUGUAAAUCUUCGUGCUGACAACAAUGUGAAGUAUAGGGAUUUAAUUGAAAGGGAAUUAAAGCUGGAAGCUGAUCUACGCACUACAGAGCCUUUGAGGGAAGAAGUGCUUCAUUUUAGAGCUGAAACUCAGAAACUGAAUGUCGUGAAACAAGAUUUGACAGGUCAAAUUCAAGGUCUCGUUGAAAAAAUAGCUCGUUUACGUUCUGAGAAUGACCAAUUGUAUACUUUGAGAGCUCAUGUAGAUGCAGUUCGUGAGAAACUAGCUGAAGCCAGGAGAGAAUUGGAAUAUGAGAAAAAAGCAAAUCAGGAGCUCGUGGAGCAGAAGGGUGCUAUUGAGAAGAAUCUCAUAUCAAUGGCUCAUGAGAUUGAAGAGCUGCGAGCUGAGCGCAUGAGCAUGGAUAUGAGAGGGCAUGGACUUGGUGGAGGCAGUAGCUAUGCGAUGCCAAAUAUAAGGUAUCCAGGUGAGGGAGCUCCUGAUGAUAGGUACGGUGGAGCUUGGGGCCCUUACAGCAAGCAUCCCGGACAUUGACCUUCAAUUCCUUUAACUAGACUCUACAGCAGUUAUGCUUUACUGAAUUUGACACAAUUAUUCGGAAAGCUGGGAAAAAUUUGGGGAGGGGUGAGGAUGAAGGCAUCCAUUUGGUCAUUUGGAGAUCGGAUUUACCUUUGAUUCGUAUUUCUCCUAUUGCAUUCCAGAAUACAGGUAUAUUUUCCUUCCUGGUAUUAACUGCUUGAAUCUUGACUGCGUUUGAAGCUGUAAGGACGGAGUUUAUGUGGCGUAACUCACUUAAGCCGAUGUUUUGUACAUACUUUUGGCUUUUUACAAUUCAAUAAUUUUUCAACAAUUCAAUUUGUAGAUUUCCAAAAGUUUUUUCAAGUUCUAGGAAAGGGAAAAUAUAUAGCUAGGUAGCUUUAUUUCCGAAAGUGGAGCUAGUUCCGGCUGUGGUGGAUAAUAUGGUCUCGGGUCAGGUUUGGGUAAUGGCGAUCCGGGUCUGUUAGUUUUUGCUGGAUGUACAUACCAGCUACCAAGCCUCUUAAUGGGCCUUUUAAGAUGGUAAACUAUAGAUGAAAGCUAAAGAGUUCUUCGCUAGAACAUGUCUAAAUCCUUACUAGAAUGACUUUUAUAUACUGUUUACACCUAAACAUACAAAUGAGCUAGUUCUUUAAAAAUAAUCACUACAUUAUUUGAUUAUGAUAAAUAAUAGGAGUAUUAUAAUUUUGAACAUAUGUGUAGUUUUAAUAAAAUAAAUGUUAAUUAAAGUUAGGAAUUGAAUUCAUAUUUUUUUCACUGAUAUGAUAAUGAAAUGCUAUAAUGAGUUAUUUUUAAUAUACAAAUAUAUUAGUGCAUAAAAAUGCUCAAUAUUUUAGUACACAUAUAUGUAUUGGCGCGUUAACAAACUAUUUUAUAGAGAUUAAAGAUCUCGAAUAUUAGUUUGUAUUACCAUACAUCAAUUUCAAUGAUGUAUGAUUAUUAGACCUUAAACUUAAAAAAAAUACUUCUUUCAUUUCACUAAAGAUAUCUUUUUACUUUUUAUUCAAGGCACGUAUUAAUGCUUGAUAUCUCUUAUUAUACAUAAUGAAAUAUUAUAAAAAAUGAAUAUUAAUAAUCUUUGCAUUGAGAUGAAUCAAAUAAAAUCUCAUUUGACUAUGUUUUAAUUUAUAUAUUAAGAUAAAAUAUAAAUUAAGAAUAAUAAGUGAGUAGUGUUAAAAAAUAAAUAAAACAUUUUUAGUGGAAUGGAGGGAGUAUAAAAUAAUCUUAACAAUGAAGUACUUCUAUAUCCACUUAUUUUUGCAUUAUUUAGAUAAAAAAGCUUUCACAUCUAAUUUAAAAUGAAAUAAAAUAAAUGAACAAAUGUGUAUUACUAAAUAAAGGUAGUAUUUUACAUGAAAUUUCAUGUUCAGAUAACUUGUAGUGUAUUAAAAUAAUUUGCAAAUCGUUGGAAAACUUGGAAAAUGCAACACAUAUACUAUCAUAGUCAAGCGAACGAAGGUGGAAAGUGGAAACUGGUUGGCGUAGCUUUGAACUCCUUGGACUCCAAGAGGAAUGACCAAUUGACCAUUGGCUAGUGGCUGCUACUCCUACACUCCUAUAGGUUUUGGCUAUUCUUGUUUAUUCCCUUUAUCUUGUAUAAUUUGUCUUAUUUUUCUUUUUAUUUUUAGCUAUAAUCUACAUUUUUUUAUUAAUUCUGGUAUAUAUAUAUAUAUAUAUAUAUAUAUAUAUAUAUAUAUAUAUAUAUAUAUAUAUAUAUAUUUUCAUCCCAUCUAUACAUUUCUCUUAUAUUUCCUUAAAAUACAACUUUAUCCACUUUUUUUUUCCAUCAAUUCUCAAUCGGUCAUUUCAUUGAUGGGACAUAUUGAGUACAACCAAAUUCUUGUACGCUAUCUUUUUUUACUUGUCCCCCAAGUUUAAUUUGCCCUAUAAAUGGAAGCUCCCAUUUUCAAGAUUAGUCAUCUUAUUAUCUCUUUAUUGGGUUACUUCAUACUUCUACACUCAAGAAUUAAGAGUUUGGUUCUACUAGUGCAAAUUAAAAAUGGCAGCAGUUGGUCCUUCUAUUGCUGAAAUUUAUGUAUUGCGGAAGAUGGCAAAGCAGAAAAAGGAAGAGAUGAAGAAGAUAGAGAUUCACACUGACACUAGUGUCAAAAGUUGCACUAAAUCACAAUUUGGAUGCUUCUCUUGGAUUCAAAAGAAAAUACACCCUUCUUCUUUGCCUACUACUAAAACCUAGCUACUUCACUCCAUUCUAGAUUAUGUUCGGGUUUUGGGUCUGAUCAUCUUCAUGUCAAUGGUUUAAUUUUUAAUUUUGUUUACUUUUAUUCCUUGUUAUAUGAUUGUAAAAAUAGAUAUUUUUGUAUCGUUACAUAAAUAUAUCAAGUUUUAUCCGCUAUUCAAUGUCGAAUAUAUGAAUCUUAAUGUUUUUUAGAAUUGAAAGGAUUAUUAAUUAAUUUAUACAAUUAAUUUUUCUUCUAUUUAUUUGUUUAACUUUGUAAUCAUGUAAUUAUUAAUUUGUCCCACUUAAUUACUAUAAUUUUUUCUUGAUUGUCUUAGUGAUUUCGUUACAUUUUCACAUUUACUUUCCUAAAUCUCGUUCAUAAACUAAACGUUUAUCAUGUCUUUUAUUAUCUCUUUAAUAAUUAGCCAAAGUAAUACAAUUACUCCCUCCUAUUCAGCUUAUGUGUCCCAUUCACUCUUAUGGUCAAGUCACCUUAAUUGUCCCAUUUCUAUUUUUGGUAUGCAUUUUUAACGUUUAUGCCCUUAGUAGUUUUAUCCUAUUUUCAAUUAUACCCUCCAUUACCCAUACUAAUUUUUCUCCCUUUUAAUUAAUCAACAUAUCUAAAUCCUAAUUAACAUACCCACCCAUUUAAACACUCCCUCCUUAACCCUAAAACCCUACCCAUCCCCAUUCCCCUUGCCGUUUUCGUAUUGUACUUGUUUAAGAGCCCUAAUUCUGGGUUGAAGCUUCACCUUCUUCCUUAAGUUCUUUGGAGUUGUUCUCUGAUGACUCUAAUUCUGGGUUGAAGCUUCACCUUAUUCCUUAAUUUCUUUCGUGUUGUUCUCAUAGCAAACUCCAGUUCGCCUUUUAAAUCCCCCCUCAAGAACCCUAACUCGACAAUCAACUCACCCAUGAAAAACGCUAACUUGCGUACUUCUUUACUCUGAGAAUCCCCAAAUCCCCUUACAAAUCGCCUUCUAAGAUAGAGUUUAAGGGGUUCGAUGAUGGAAACCCUAGAUCUGGACUGAAAUCGUUUGAGGAAGAGUCUUUUAAUUACUAUGAUGACUCAACUUCUGUUGAGACUGAUCCUAAGUGGGGAAGAGUACUUGACUCUGAAGGUGAACCCAUUUACACACUUGAGCCUUAUAUGUAUCCUGAUCGUGAAUAUUCUUCCAUUGAUGCUGUUUUUUCGAAUACUGAUUGUGAAGAAAGAAGAUUGGCUUGAUAAGCUUGGUCCUUUCUCAAGUGAGUUUCUGUUCGUGUUGGUGCAUGUUGAUUUUGACUGAUGAUGAUUUUUAAUUUAAACGUUUUUGUAUGCAUUUCAUUGCUCUGUGAUCUGUAAGUGAGAGCAUUUUUUAGCCACCAUAAAAUCGAACAAACGGGGUUUGGAUUGUUUUCCAACGUUUUAAGCACAAAGAUGUUCGAUUUUCCACACAAUGAUAUAAAAAAAAAAAAAAGUUUACCUGAGAGUACUAAAACAACCAAUUUUUUCAUUAACGUAUAUUUGAAUACAAAUGUUUCAUUGAAAACAACAUAAAAUUUUUGUUGUUUGCAUCUGAAACAUCCUAUGUUAAAGAUCCCAAAAAUAUGUCCAAAGUCAAAAGGAAUUUGCAUUUGAAAUAUGUUGUUGUAUUGGUUAAGGUUGUGUUGGCUGCUGUUGUUGCUUUACUGUGUGUCCUAAAAAAUUUUGUUGGUUGUUGUUCUGUUGUUCAUAUGCUGAUUUCUGUUUCUCUUGCUGAAAUUCGUUGAAAUUGGUUGUUGUUGUUUUCUGAUAUGUUGCUGUUUUCUGAUAAUUCUACAUUCCAAUCCCCUUGAUCAAUACCCCCUGCAUAGCCAAUCGGUUCCACAGGCUGAUUCAUUUUAUCUGUACUUAGUUUUGUGAAUAAAUGUUGAAGUGAAUCAACAAUCAGAUGUUUUUCAAUACUUAGGUAAUCUGGUAAAGUCCUUUCCCUUGCUGCCUUUGUUUUGUUCAUGUGAGAAAUGUGAUAGUCAAAUCCCCUUGUCUUUUCAUGACCUCUAUCAUACAAGCUUGUAAAGUGAUGAAUACAAACCUUAAACAUUGUGGACUUAAAUUCUGAAAUGCAUUAUUCACAGCCCUAACUAGUUGUGUUACAUUGUAAGCAGCUUUUCGAUAUUGCAAAGCUUGAAUUGAUCUAAAAAAACCUAGAU